AUGUCACAGACAUCCACCAUCGAAUCGAAUGCUACCGUAUCGACACUGCAGCUGCAGAACGGCCAGAUAGUGUCCUACAAGUCGAACGUCGCGAAAGACACGGGAGAAAUACCCAUCAUUGACAUCAGUGGAAUCUUCAGUAAGGACAUCGAGGAUCGCAAGGCGGUGGCGGAACAAGUCCGCGAGGCUGCAUCCCGCAUAGGGUUCUUCUACGCUGUUAAUCAUGGGAUUGAAGGAAGGUACAAGGAGGAUACGUUCGAGCAGGCGAGGCGGUUUUUUGCCCUUCCUAUGGAAGAGAAAAUGAGCGUAUGGACGGGGCUUGUGCCUAACGAGUAUUACAACGGUCUGUGCGCCUGUGGGCGACUACCAGAAAGUAGAAACCGUACUGACCGAGCUUUAGACCUUAGCGAGGCAUUCAACUGGGCCUACGACGCACAAUACGAUCCUGCCGCUGUGGAUAAGGAGAGACCUUCUAUCAGCAUCUGGCCAGAUGGUCUCCCGGGCUUCAAGGAGACGUUGUAUGCAUAUCAUACGCAGCUACUAAUGCUGGCGCGCAAGAUGACGCGGAUGUUCGCCUUGGCGCUGCGUAUGCCUGAGGACUACUUCGAUGAGUACGUGAAGAGACCGGAAGCGGCUAUGCGUAUUUUGCAUUAUCCUGAGCAGGAGCAACCUCUUUCAUUGCAGGCCCCAGCGGAAGAGCAGAACGGUAUCGGAGCCCACACAGACUUCGAAUGCUUCACGAUGGUUACCCAGGACGACUGCGGGGGACUCGAAGUUCUCUCCAGGUCCGGGGACUGGGUCAAAGCCCCUCCAGUACCUGGUGCUCUUGUCGUCAACAUCGCUGACUGCUUCAUGCGCCAGACGAACGAUUUCUUCGUAUCGACCGUCCAUCGUGUCAUUAACAAGAGCGGGAAGGAGCGGUACUCGUGCCCGUUCUUCUUUGGGUUCGAUGUGCCCAGCUGCGUGUCGAAGGAGAAUCCCAUGAAGUACCCUGUUAUGACAAGCGGGGAGUACUACAAGUUUCGGGUAGACCGAGCAAAGAGUAGCGGGUUGGGCAACUGA